GUGCGCAGGCGCGUCAACCGUCUCUGGUAGCGCGCGCGGUGCUGAACUCCAAAUUUCCUCUGGGCUUGCCGUGGGGCGUAAACCUUCAGGUUGUGAGGGCUGUUUGCUCGGCGGGAUCCUAGGGGACCUGCUCAGUUCUCUGUCGUCAAAGGCAGUAAGACCCUCUGAGAAUCCACUGACCUGCUCCUGGGAAGGCGACGACAUCCUCUAGACGCUGUCAUUUCCCUUCAGUGGACUCAGCCCGGAGCCCGCAGCAUCGCUCCUGGCAGUUUUGACAGGUGUCUGUCCCCUUGAAAUAAAUGGCUCCUGGACAGGAUCGAGUGGUUGCUCUUGUAGAUAUGGAUUGUUUUUUUGUACAAGUGGAACAGCGGCAAAAUCCUCAUUUGAGGAAUAAACCUUGUGCAGUUGUACAGUACAAAUCAUGGAAAGGUGGUGGAAUUAUUGCAGUGAGCUAUGAAGCUCGUGCAUUCGGCGUCACUAGAAACAUGUGGGCGGAUGAUGCUAAGAAGUUAUGUCCAGAUCUUCUCCUGGCACAAGUUCGUGAGUCCCGUGGGAAAGCUAACCUCACCAAGUACCGGGAAGCUAGUGUUGAAGUGAUGGAGAUAAUGUCUCAUUUUGCUGUGAUUGAACGUGCCAGCAUCGAUGAGGCUUAUAUAGAUUUGACCAGUGCUGUUCAAGAAAGACUUCAAAAAUCACAAGGUCAUCCUAUCUCAGCAGACUUGUUGCCAAGCACUUACAUUGAAGGGUUGCCCCGAGGCCCUCCAGUAGAAGAGACUGUUCAGAAAGAGGAUAUUCGAAAACAAGGCUUACUUCAGUGGCUUGGUUCUCUUCAGAGUGAUGAUUCCUCCUCUCCAGACCUAAGACUGACUGUGGGAGCCGUGAUUGUGGAAGAAAUGAGAGCAGCCAUUGAGAGGAAGACUGGCUUUCAGUGUUCAGCUGGAAUCUCACACAAUAAGGUUCUGGCAAAACUUGCUUGUGGACUAAACAAGCCCAACCGCCAAACUCUGGUCUCACAUGGGUCAGUGCCACAGCUCUUCAGCCAGAUGCCAAUUCGGAAAAUCCGAAGUCUUGGAGGAAAGCUAGGGGCUUCUGUCAUUGAAGUCCUUGGGGUAGAAUACAUGGGUGACCUGACCCAAUUCACUGAAUCCCAGCUCCAGAGUCAUUUUGGAGAGAAGAAUGGGUCUUGGCUGUAUGCCAUGUGCCGAGGUAUUGAACAUGAUCCAGUAAAACCCAGGCAGUUACCUAAAACUAUUGGCUGUAGCAAGAACUUCCCAGGGAAAACAGCUCUGGCUACUCGGGAACAGGUACAGUGGUGGCUUUUGCAGUUAGCCCUGGAACUUGAGGAAAGGCUAACCAAAGACCGAAAUGACAAUGACAGAGUGGCCUCUCAGCUGGUGGUCAGUAUUCGCUUUCAGGGAGACAAGCGUCUUAGCAGCCUGCGUAGGUGCUGUGCCCUCCUUCGCUAUGAUGCUCACAAGAUGAGUCAGGACGCAUUUGCUGCCAUCAGGAACUGUAAUACAUCUGGGAUCCAAACUGAGUGGUCCCCUCCUCUCACAAUGCUCUUCCUCUGUGCUACCAAGUUCUCUGCAUCUGCCCCUCCAGCGUGCACGGACAUCACUGUGUUCCUCAGUAGUGACGCGAGUAGUCAGCCAAGGGGGCCAAUUGCCAGCUCUGAGACUAGAACCCAGGGACCUGGCCCAGCUGUGCCUGCCUCUAAAGAGGCAACCACAUCUCUCGAGUCUUUUUUUCAAAAGGCUGCCAAGAAGCAGAGAAUAAAAGAGACUUCUUUUGUACCUCUUAACCCGGCCACAGAGAAGUCAUCAUCCAAGCCUUCACUUCUGUUCCAAACCAGCCAAACCGCAGGAACUAAGUCUUUCUUUAAGCAGAAGAGCCGGCUGCUACAGCACACGCAGCUUAGUAAUUCUGCAGCUCCUUACCCUCCACAGGUCAACUCUGAAGUGCACCCAAACUGUCUACCAACAGAGUGUGUGGACAGUGGUCCUGUUGAUGGAGUGAUGAAGCCAGUAUCUUCUAAAGCAAUCUCUACAGAAAUGAAUGUAGCUGGGAACAGUCCAAACGUGCUUGAUUCUUCAGCUUACAACUCUCAGGUGGUGGUCCAAAGGGCAAGUGAGGACCUAGUGCUCUGUGACAAGUGUGACUCCCUGGUUCCAGUGUGGGACAUGCCAGAACACACGGACUACCAUUUUGCAUUGGAGUUGCAGAAGUCUUUUUUUCAGCCUUGUACUUCAAAACCCCAGGCUGUUCCUGCCAUGUCUCCUCAGGGCAAAAGAAAUUCCAAGAGUCCCUUGGCUUCCAGUAAUAAACGCCUUAGGCCCCAUGGCAUGCAGACACUGGAAUCAUUUUUUAAGCCAUUGACACAUUAGUGCUGCCCUGGGCGUGCAGGAGAGCUUUCCUAUUUUAUUUCCUUUUUUUUUUUUUUUUUUUUUUUUUUUGGCUUUUUUUGGAUUUGGUUUUUUUGAGACAGGGUUUCUCUGUGUAGCCCUGGCUGUCCUGGAACUCACUCUAUAGACCAGGCUGGCCUCGAACUCAGAAAUCUGCCUGCCUCUGCCUCCCAGAGUGCUGGGAUUACAGGCAUGCGCCACCACCACCCAGCCCUAUUUUAUUUCUAAGAGAUGGAAUCAUGUUGACUACUCAAAGGAAUUAUGAAAUUUUUAAUACAAAAUUAGUUUGUUUUUUUUUCUUCCAGUGGGAUUCUGAUCCUGCUGCUGAUCAAAAUGCUUUUAAUCUUUAGGGAGAUAGUGUCACAAAAGGUAUAAGGAACCUUUGCAAACCCCUCAGUUUUGCACUCACUUUCUCCCCUAUAAAAUUGACUAAGGACUAAACAUAGGAGUGUAACUCAAAAAAGUUGAAGGGGAAGAAAUUGGGCUGGAGAUAGAGCUCACUUGUCUCAGACAGCGUGUGCACAGCCCAUGCUCACGUCCCAGCUCCAGAAGGCAAAUAUAGACUAUUAAGAUGGGUAAGUGCGAACAGCUAAAGUAAUGGAUUUAGCGUCUUUAUCAGCAUACAGACAUUGGGAUUAAAUCUUUCAGAACACAUGACUUUGAAUUACGUGUGAAGCCAUCUUUUCCCUACAUAAACACAAAUCAAUUUAUAAACUGGGUCUUUGAAAGAUUUGAAAUUCACUGUAUUUAAGCGGAAAAUUACCCUUUCCUUUGACUUUAGAGUGUAGCUUCUUCCCUGGCUAGCUUUAGUUUCUUAAAGGCAAGACUUCUUUCAGUGCCUUACAUGUAUGUUCUUGAUGUUGGUUGAAUAUAUGUAGUAAAUUAACCACACUGAGACAAUAAAAUGUACUCUUCAGGGCCUGCCUUGCA